AGCUCAAGUCAACCUCACCACACAACCCGGCAUCUCUCAUCGCUUGCACGUCGAUUUCUGCUCUUGGCUAAACAGUGACUCCCGGCACAAUGACUUCAUUCUUUUCCGUUAUGGCAACUCUGGCGCUGUGCCUCGUGGCUCUGGCACUAGCCGCUCCUUCUCCCCUACCCGCACCAGUCGCGGUAGCCAUUGCUGAUCCACAGCAUCACGGCCACAGAGGAGGCUUUGGUGGUGGAUUUGGCGGUGGAUUUGGGGGUGGAUUCGGUGGUCAUGGACAUCAUGGACAUCGUGGAGGAUUCGGUGGUUUCGGUGGACAUGGGCAUCAUGGACAUCGAGGAGGAUUUGGAGGAUUUGGUGGAGGAUUUCAUAGAGGUUGAUUAGUUGCCGAUUCUACAGAAGUAGAUUAAUUGUUUCAGCUUGU